CUCACCAUAAACUAAGAGAGUAUGAUAAUCUGCUUCCGGGUGCAAAACGUGCAAACGUUGUACCACGUGAUCGACAAUGAAAGUAAAAAGUCGGACAGAAUUCCAGCUUCGACUUCGACCAAACUCGUGAUGUCAUGUUUUGGUGGUGAUCCCAACUUCUGUCCUGAAUGUGGGAAUGUGCUUCCUCUGCCUGGGAUACAGGACACAGUCCGCUGCCGGCGCUGCUCCUUCUGCAUCCCUGUAACAGAGUUGUUAGGCCAGGCGAUCCAGUCCACAAUCAUCUUCAACCCAGCAGAGCAGUCAUCUUCAUCUGUGGAGAAUGAGGAGGAGCUUAAAGGACCUGUGAUUGACAGACGCUGUGGCCGCUGUGGUAAAGAGGGGAUGGUUUACCACACCAGGCAGAUGAGGUCUGCAGAUGAAGGCCAGACGGUCUUCUUCACUUGUACACACUGCAGAUAUCAAGAGAAGGAGGACUCCUGAGGGCGCUUGUGUGCUGUGAUACCCGUUGUCUCCGUGUGCCUGUGCUGAAUUCAGACACGUGGCUGCUUGGUCUGUUUGAGACCUCAGCCUGGAGCUCUGACUGGGGUGUGAGGUGGUGCCAUUUGGUAAUGUGACCUUCAUCCAGCCUCCAAUAUUCACAGUAAAAUCUAACUGAACCAUCACA